AAGCGUGUAGCCCUGGCAGUUUUUGGGGCACUUUCUCUAAUAGGCUGUGCCAUUGCUACAUGGACGAUGGCAAAAUUGGAUCUACCACCAUUCCUCAUUAUGCCUUUCCCAGAUUUACCGAGGCUGUUGAGCACGUUCAGUGAUUACUACGCCAAGCCUUUCUACCAUGCUGUAUGCUACUUCAGCGGCUGUAUGACGUGCCUUGUUGUAGCUGAUUUCCGAGAGCGUAAGAUUUCCAAGACUCUUCAACUGGCAGGGUGGUGUACAUCUGUUUGCUGUGGUCUCUUCUGCGUGUUCGUAAAGUUACCAUGGUACUUAAGAGAGAAUCCCACCACAAAGACUGUAGAGAUACUCUUGGCCUUCUUCGACAGAAUUCUGUGGUCAAUCUCUCUUGCUUGGAUUAUGCUGGUGUGUUCAACGGGCCGAGGUGGACCUGUCAACAAAUUUCUUUCGUGGAACGCAUUCGUGCCAUUAAGCAAGUUGUCAUAUGGUGUGUACUUGAUCCACUUGCCAUUCUUCAAACUGAUGAUGCACUCAUCGAGAGAACGAGUCCACUUUUCGGAGUUCAAUAGGGCCACGGUUGGCUUGGGAGUGCUUGUGUGGUGCUUCGUGCUGUCUUACUUCGCCUUCAUUGCGUGUGAGGCUCCGACUGCAGUGCUUGACAGGCUGGCUUUCGGCCUGCUGACGGGAAGAGCCAGCAACAGCAUAGAGAAACAUCAAGAGCAGCCUGAUGGCGAGCACUCGAAGACAGUGAACGGCCGAUGAGAGGGCAACG